UGACCGUACGCGUGCUGCUUUCAGAGUGCUAAUAGACUUUUGAUUAAAUGGGUAUAUUCUCACCUUUGUUUACCCAUGUGUACUCACAAGAGACAGAUGAGUGUGAACUGGCGAACAUGCGUCUGUGUUUGAAUGAGAGCCAGGAAAAGGGGAAGGGCCUCAAGUGAGCAGACAAAAACAGCUGCUCUUGUGUGCUCGGGAAACAUCAUCCAGAAAGAGCGAGCGUGGUGAGACGGACCAGCAGGGUCCAGAUCUCUAUAUGGGUUGUGCCCUGAGUGUGGAUAGCUGUGGGGAUGAGCCAGAACCGGUACCCGUGACAGGGUCUUUAAGGAGGGAGAGAGGAAAGUCCAGGGGAAACAUGAGGCUGACCAAGCAUUGAAAAAUGAGCUGCUGCACAAGGAAAGAGAGAAAGAUGGCUGACAUCCAGAGGAGAGUUCAGGCGGGGAAGGGCGAGCCCCACGUCUUUAAAGAAAAGACCUUCAAAAAGAAGCGGCAGUGUGGGGUGUGCAGGCAGAGUGUGGAGAAUUUGGGCUCUUUUUGUCGAGUCUGCAAAACAGCUACUCAUAAAAAAUGUGAAGCCAAGAUCAGCACAGCCUGCAUCCCAGCACAGCCCUCCGAACUGCGAAGGGGAACGUCCUCCUCUAGACACAUUCAGCAUCUGGGCUCGACCAAGUCUCUGACCCACAGCAAACAGAGAAACACUCUCCCGAGGAGCUUCAGCGUGGAUCGGGUGAUGGACAGAGUGAUGGAGAGACACUAUGAUUUCGACCUCACAUACAUCACAGAGAGGAUCAUCUGUGUCUUUUUCCCUCCUCUGCUGGAAGAGCAGCGGUACCGCCUGAACCUCAGGGAGGUGGCAGCCAUGCUCAAGUCCAAACACCAGGACAAGUUUCUGUUAUUCAAUCUGUCUGAGCGAAGGAAUGACAUCACCCGCUUAAACCCAAAGGUUCAUGACUUCGGCUGGCCAGAUAUGCACGCUCCUCCUUUGGAUAAGAUCUGUGCCAUGUGCAAAGUCAUGGAGAACUGGCUGAACUCUGACCCCCAGCAUGUGGUCGUUCUGCACUGUAAGGGCAACAAAGGAAAGACGGGUGUUAUCAUUGCUGCCUACAUGCAUUACAGCAAGAUAUCAGCAGGGUAUAUCUAUUACUUCGGAGGCCUGCUCUCAGGGGCCAUCAAAAUGAACAGCAGCCCACUCUUCCUCCAUCAUGUCCUCAUUCCUACCAUCCCCAAUUUCCAGGAAGACGGAGGUUUCUUCCCUUUCCUGAAGAUCUAUCAGUCCAUGCAGCUUGUCUACACUUCUGGCAUAUAUGACGUGCAGGGCUCUGGGAGCAGACGGCUGAUUGUUACUAUUGAGCCUGCACUGCUGCUGAAAGGAGACAUCAUGGUUAAAUGUUAUCACAGACGGGUUCAGUCUGCUGAGAGGGACUCUGUGUUUCGACUGCAGUUUCAUACGUGCACCAUUCAUGGUGCUCAGCUCUGGUUCGGCAAAGGGGAACUGGAUGAAGCUUGUUCAGAUGACAGAUUUCCCUCAGAUGCCACAGUGGAGUUUGUGUUUUCAUCUGGGCCUGAGAAAAUCAAAGGGAGGGCGAGCCAGAGGAAUGAUCCAGCUGUCAGCGUUGACUAUAACAUGAAUGAUCCUGUGGUGCGCUGGGAUUCUUAUGAGAACUUCAAUCAGAGACAUCAGGACAGCCUAGAGGAUAUCGCGCACACACAUGGGCCUCUAGAUGGCAGCCUGUAUGCACAAGUAAAAAAGCGUUGUGCUGCAGGCUCCACCUCCCUGCCUUACACCAAUGGAAGCCCUGCAAGGAGUUCUGAGGAGAGGCCAAGUCAGCUUCAGUCUGUUAGUACUGAUUCUGGACACUCAUCUGUGCCACCUGGCCAGCUCGAUGAACCGACUCGACAGGCCCCGCCUACUCAGCAAGAGAGGGAGGAGCUUGAGCGUCUGCUGGGUGGGAUUGAAGGAGAUGGAGGGAGGGAUCGUGACCGAGAGACGGCCAUUUUGGAUGACUGUGAUUCCUUGCCUCCUGAAAGGACUGGGUCACUGAGGUUAGGCCGUUCAUGCUCAUGUCGGGUGGGCUAUAGAUCCCAGCGUUGUGCUGAGCCUGGAUGCGAUGGACUCCACCACUUACCUAAUGGAUACUGCCUUGAUCGUCCCACCAACACUAAUGGACACACGGGGGCUCCUUCUCCAGGGAUGCCAUCUGUCAUAGGGCUUUGCCAACACCACAGUGCCAAUCCUCACCAAACUCUGCCACCACCAGAUCUUCUUUGGGACCGUCAACAAAGUUCACAGCUCUACCUUCAUCGCACUUGCACAGAGGGGCCAUCACACCACCUGUGUCCAUAUCCAUCCCAAGAGAACAGUCCACCUCCACAUAGUCUGAAUCCCCGACUGCUCUUUAGGGCGGACGAGUACAUUCCAUACCCCCACCAUCACCACAGUCAUCCACAUCACCAAAAACCCAGCGGACCCUACCACGAUGUCAUGAUGAUAGAUGGCCUAGUGACACCCAGCUGUCCCUGUCGAGACUGCUGUCUACGGCGAGAAGAUUUCCGCACCCUCCAUUUGGACAGAGAGGAGGGCAUACACUGGGAAAGGGAGGCAGAGCUUCACCGGGAUAUUGGGUUAAGACGGGGCAGAGAGGCUGAUAUGCAAAGAGGGGCGGAGAUAUGGGACCAGGAGUCAGGGCUAAGAAGGGGCAGAGAAAUGCCUCUGCAGUGGGACAGAGACCGAGAAGCAGAACUACAGUGGGAGAGAGAACAAGAGGCAGAAUACUGGCACAGAAGGGCUACCGUAUCCCCCUACGGGCCUCACGGUCAUGAAUUACCAGCAUUUAAUGUUGAUCCACUUCCCGCAGGCCAUCCUGCAUAUCCAGAACCCUCCCGGUCCCACUCUCAUGCCCAUCUGGAUCUCAAGUACAGCAGCAGUUCCAGUGGAUAUCAAACACCACACCAGACCUGCCCCUGCUCCCCCUACCAGCCUUCACCCUCAGAGAGUCGCGGCUAUGCCUCGGAUUACCAGUCUGAGUCCACGUCCCCUCUUCCCCCUCCCUCCGCCUCCUGCCCUGGCCCAGUGCACCAUGGCAGCGGACCUAUAGAUAACCAAACAGACUCCCACCCUCAGCAGUACACCUCUGAAGCAACAGCUUGGCGUAGUCACAUUACCCAUGGUUCCCUACGGCGGACACAUCAAGAUCCACAUGCCCCAUGUUCAACACCCUCUGAUAUUUCAGGACCUCCAACACCAGUCCACACAAGCAGUCCUUUGCAAUUCCAGGAAAGUCCUAGCCUGAGUGUCCAUGAGUAUGACUCAAGGGAUGUUAACAGUGAAAGCAGCUCAGCCCACUCCCACAACAGGACGCAUCCACUUGCCCUACAGUCAAACAGUACCAGUCCUGGGUCUCGGCAAGCGGUACUUUCUUCCAGUCAAGAGAUUCCUGAGAUACACCCCUUUCCUGCCACACCCACCACUGCCCAAAAUCUCUCUGCCCCACUUACUACACAUCCCGCCCAACAAAGCUCAGCAGAACACUGCGCCCCUUUAACACCUCCAUCAGAAUCCAUCCAACCACAGACAAACAGCUCGCCAACUGCUGCUACGGUGCCACCCACAGGGGUAAUGGUACCACAAUCAACUAUUAAAGCAGCACCCACAACUGACCUCUCUUCUCACAUCCCAUCUGAGUCCAUCCCAGCUGACUUGCAGAGCAAUGGAGUAUCACCAUCUCCUGAACCAGACACCACUUCUGCUUCUUCAGUCCCUGCUUCCCCUCAACCACCCACUGGUGAACAUGAUAGCUCAUCCUCCCCUGAACCCCCAGUGCCCGGAUUUGCCACGCUGGGCAGGAAGCUGAUGUUGGGCUCUGAAACCUCACUUCCUGCGGGACACAGUAUGGAUGGCAGCCCCAGCUCCACUCCCACCUUCCCUGUCUCUCCUGUCUGCUGCACCCCAUCUCCUCCACCAGGCUCCUACUCGGGGUGCCCAACCACCUCCAUCCCACAGCCUCCCCUCCCCGAGAAACGCCGCCCAUCUGGCCUGCCAGGAUCACCCAACGGGAGGUCUGGAAUGCUGAGGGGGUCCAUGAGCCAUCAGCCCUCUGGGCAACACCACGUUACCUUCUCCCCUUCAGUAGGAGAGCUGACCAUGCCCUCUGGACAGGGUGAAGUUGUUGUGGAGGGUGAGAUGGGCAGCCGUGUCAGUGUGAAAUUUGUUCAGGACAGCUCUCGUUUUUGGUAUAAACCUGGUAUCUCUAGAGAGCAAGCUAUUGCAGCACUGAAGGAAAGAGAGCCAGGGGCCUUCCUCAUCCGUGACAGUAACUCUUUCCAGGGGGCCUACGGUCUGGCCCUGAAAGUUGCCAGCCCACCCCCCAACGUCAAUAACCAUAGCAGCAAAGCAGGAGGAGACCCUCUGGAACAGCUGGUUCGACACUUCCUGAUUGAGACAGGGCCUCGAGGAGUGAAGAUUAAGGGCUGUCAAAAUGAGCCCUACUUUGGGAGUCUUUCAGCACUGGUGUAUCAGCAUUCCAUUACACCAAUCUCUCUGCCCUGUGACCUCCGCAUCCCUGAUAAAGACCCAAUCGGUGAAGUCGUGGAGGUUCAGCCUGUCAGUAACAUGAGUACAGCUGCAGACCUUCUGAAACAGGGAGCAGCCUGCAAUGUGCUGUACCUGAACUCAGUUGAGACCGAGUCUCUCACGGGACCCCAGGCUAUCGCUAAGGCCACAGGGGCCACAAUGUCACGCAGCCCUCGGCCCUCUGCGACAGUGGUUCACUUUAAGGUGUCUGCCCAGGGCAUAACACUGACAGACAGUCAGCGCAGGGUGUUUUUCAGGAGACAUUAUCCAAUCAGCAGCGUGACUUUCAGCAGUGUGGACCCACAAGACAGGAGGUGGACUAACUCAGACAGCACGACCUCUAAAGUGUUUGGUUUUGUUGCCAAGAAGCCCGGCAGUGUGGCGGAGAAUGUGUGCCAUCUCUUUGCAGAGCUGGAUCCCGAACAGCCCGCGACCGCCAUCAUCAACUUCAUUAACAAAGUAAUGCUGGCUCCACAGAGACGCUAGGGCCCCGGGGACGAGGAGGAUGCUUCAUCUUCACGUACACUGCCACACAUCACAAGACUGUCAUUUUGCACCUUCUGUCAAGUUCAAGGGUUUCAUGACAUCAUAACAUUUUUGGCAAGGACCAAGGCUUUACUGUUGACUAACAUGAUGUCAAAACACAUUUAAACCAAAAUAUACAGAAUGUAACCAAACUUAAGCCAGCAGUCUGUUGUGGUUUUGCCUUUUUAGAGCUGUUUUGGUGUUCACAGGAUUGUAAGUAACUUGUAAAUGAGGAUUGUUACACAGCCGAGGCAGCAGCACAAAAGCACUGUUACUGACCCAUGAAUAAAAGAAAUCUGUUAAAUGCACUCAGACUUACGAACUGCACAGAGAACAGUCACUGCAAUAUGACAAUCAUCAGUUUAUGAAUAUUGAUUUCAGUUUGGUUUUAGGGUUUUGACAUACACUAAAUUAUGGUCGAAAAUUUUUAUUUUAUUCAAAAGCCAAAACAUUUUUAUUUUCAUUUUUUAUUUUUGGCCUUUUAACUGGAAAGGAGGUGCCAUUGUUUGCGACUUUUUAUCUCACAAGUCCGACAUUUUUCUAGCAGUUCAGAGAAAAACAAACAAACAGAGUUGUGAGAUGUUUACAGAAUUCUGAACUCAUAAUUCUGUUUAUAGCUUGCAAUUCUGAUUUUAUAUCUUGCAGCUCUUACUAUUUCUCAGAACUGUGAGAAAAAGGUCAAAAUGGCAAAACUCACAAUUACCUUUUUAUUUUUUAUAAAUCCUUUUGUGGAAACAAGCUUCCAUAGUUUCUGAAUCUGGCCCGGUGUCUGUGAAUGAAAGGGAAAGUUACGUAGCGUUUGAGAUGGAGAAACAGAUGGAGGACCAGACGUGGUGUAGUCGUGAUGCUGAGCAGCUCUUCUGCUCUGCUGGAGUUCCAGAUUUAAAUGUCAUGUAGUAUGAUGUCAUAAUGGAAGGCUGAUGGUCAUGUGAUUAUUACCCAGAGAGAAUUUGGUUAACUUUGGAGUAGGAAGAAAGUUUAUUUUUGUCCCCUUUUGUUGUGUAUUUCAUGCACUGUUCGUAAACAGAAUUUAAAAUAAGGCGGACUGUGGUACAUAAUCAUCCACAUUAUGCACAAGACAUCGUAUAUGAACGAUAGCUUUGUCAGCUGACCGUCACGCAUCAUGCUGUACCAUUGCCUACAGUACUGUGUAGUAGAACAUUGUAUUGGAAUGUAACCAGACUUUAAACUGAUUGGACAGAUGGACGUUUCCACGUUCAUUCUUUCAUUAUGAUCUCCUGAAGCUGUUUAUAACCAAAGACAUGUGGCCAUGUACUCGAUCAGUUACUUUAAGCCGUGCCAUUUAUUUUACUAGCCGGUGUCAACAAGUUAUGACUGUUUUUGACAGAGUAUGACACGUCUAUGACAACUUUAAUAUAUUGGAGUCUGUAUUUUCUUAUUGAUCUUUUUAUGUAGUAAUAUAUUUUCACACAUGCAGCUGACUUUGAAAGUAAAUAGAAAGACUACAUGGAAGGAUUUUUUUUUUUUUAAUUAUUAUUACCAUAUGUAAUUGUUUCAGUGUAUGCAGAAGUGAAAAAUAUAAUAAAUGUAAAGUCAUGGUACCAAA